AUCACAGUAUCGUAGAAUAAUCAAAACACACCACGCGAAUUAAAGCCACGAUCAGAGAGCUGUCAGCUGAAACGUCAGACGCGGACUGGCGGGCUUGACUGACUGACCCAGUGGAGUUCUACCCCGCGAACCUCGCGAUCCCCACGCCGCGACACCGGGUGUAAACAAAACAUGCUCAACUGGUACUUCAGAAGGUCGCGCAAGACACCGCAUACUGGGAUUUAAAAGAAAAGCUGCAGCAGGUCGAAGGCAACCAUGAGCGUUUGCAGCAAAACAUGGUGGAAGUUCAAAUGCAGCACGAAUCUAUUUCUGGCCAGUACCAGGAUGAACUUAGACUCCGUCCCGAUACUUUGAAUAAGCUAAGCAGUACACGUGAGAUAUGUGACGUGCUGGAAGAGUACAGUGAGCGUCUUAAAGAUACACUAUCCCGGUGCAAGAGUGACCAGGCGAGUCUGUAUGAGGCUUAUCAAAAGUCGGGCAAAAUCGUGCGUGAUAUGAAACAGCAACAUGAAAGAAAUGAAGAAAAAAAUAUGCAACUUAUAAACAAUUUAAACGAGAAAGUGGCAGCAUCAAAUGAGCACCAAAAUAAGCUGAUCGAGUUUCUCACCGCUGCAAAACAACAAGUAGAUGCGGAUCACUGUGAGACUAAGAGAUGUUUACUUGAAACUCGGCGACAAAAGGAUGAACUAUCUGCCUCUAUCGCCGAAAUAGGAUGUCGUCUUGAGCAGGCGAAGUAUGACAUACAGAUGAAAGACGCAGCUUUAACAAAAAUUAAGCAAGAGACGAAUCAAUUGAUUCAACAGUUAUCUGCACAGAAUGACGAGCUGAAUAAUAAGAUCAAUCAUAAGGACAAAGACCUGGCAGAAGCUUUGGAAACUAUAAAGGCAUUGCAAGGGGCUGUAAGCAACCAAGAUGUCUACGCAGCGGAGCUACGUGAACAACAUUCUAAAUUGCAAGAUCAGCUCGCCUACUCUGAACAGUGCCUACAAGCUGCUGAUGAGGAAAAGAAGCAACUGCUCGAAGCUAUUCAGAAUUUAACUGAUGGAAAAGAUAAUCUCAAGAAUAUGGUAGCAGAUCUCACAGCUUCUAAGGAGCAACUCGAAAAUAUAGUUAAGGAUAAGGAGGAGGCAAUCCAGAAAGCAGCUACGGAUAUAGAAAGUUUGGAGUUAAAGCUAAUGAAGAUAGAAUCAGAAAAGGAUGAUUUAGCUACAGAGCUUGCAAAAGUUCAAAAUCUCUGCGCCAACCAUGUUUCUGAGAUUGAUGCGUUGCAAGCUAGCUGUCUUCAACUGCAAAAUAAUAUUCAGAAUACUGAGACUGAGUUCAAAGAUUAUAGACAAGAAAGCGAAGGCAAGAUCAAGGAGCUAACAGUUGCCAUUGAUAUAAAAGAGAAAGAUCUCGACACGAAGGCAUGCACGAUCGCACAGCUCAUGUGUGAGGUAGGCACUGCCGGAGAGACUGCAGCUAGGCUCGAAGCUGCUCUGCAGAAGCUGAAGAUAGAAGCUGACUUGGAACGACAAGCUGCAACUGAGAGGGACGCCCAUCAUAAGCGACAACUUGAGCAUACUCAGACGCAAGUGGCUGAAAAAGAAAACGAAUUAUCAAAACAAAUGACCAUUAUUCUCGACAUGAGAAGCGAAAAGGAUCGUCUCCAGGAAAAGAUCCAAAGCAUGCAGAAUAAAAUCGACAACAUCCAGAAGGAGCUGUCCGAACCACAGCCACGCGCGCCCAUCGGAGACGCCCCAGAGCUCGAUGACAACGCCGUGGCGUUCGCUCCUACUCCCCGACCACCUCCAAGCAUUAAUGCUAAACAGCAUGGCAUAAUGAAGUCCCCCAUUCUGAAGCCUCAGAAGAAGAACAAGCUCCCCGAGAAUGGCAAGCUCGACAGCAUGCUGUUUAGCAUGUUCAGCGACACCAGCAUGGAUGAAGAUAGCAACAUGAUUGACCGUCGUGAGGUAGAUCGCCGCUUUGAGGCACUGGCACGAGGGGAACCGCUACCGCCUACUUCUAUCAACUCGCUCAAACGACGCAAAUUGCCCAGCGGUGGACUCCGACCCAACGAUGAAGAAGACAUGUCCCUUUCACAAAUAAAGCAAACUAUGAAGCACAAGGAGCCAAGAAAAUUUUUCAAGAAUGUGCGAGCUGGCAAUAAGAAAUAGAUUUUUUUUUCAAUUAUCUUGUCAAUUCUUUUAUUAUAUUCUUAAUUUUCUCCAGUAAAUGAUUUAU